AAAAUCUUCAUUAAUAAUCUAUGCUUCUUUGAUGAGAAAAUAAUGGAAGGCUUUCUGGGGUUUGUUAUAUGCUUAAUCUUGUUCUCCUUUAUAAGUGGAGCUGCUGCACUAGAUACUAUUGUUCCAGAUAAAUCAAUGAAAAAUGGUGAAACUCUAGUUUCACCAAAGGGAAGCUUUGAGCUUGGAUUCUUCAGAAGUUCCAAGGGCCAGUACUUGGGGAUAUGGUACAAGAAACCGAGAACUCGGACAGUUGUGUGGGUCGCUAAUAGAGAAAAUCCACUUUCUGAUGGUGAAGGGCUUCUGGUGCUGGACUCAGAGGGAAUUCUUGCUCUUCUUAAUAGCACGAAGGGUGUCAUUUGGUCAUCCAAUACAUCAAGAAGUGCAGAAACUCCAGUUGCUCGGCUCUUGGAGUCAGGCAAUCUUGUAGUGCAAGAAGAAAAAAUUUACAACGAAGAGGACUAUCUGUGGCAGAGUUUUGAUUAUCCAUCUGAUUCAUUACUACCGGGAAUGAAGGUUGGAAAAAACUUAAAAACCGGGUUUGAUUGGUUUUUAUCAUCCUGGAGAAGUACGGAUGACCCAGCUCCAGGGCGUCCAGCUAAGCCAAAUUCUAUAAUUUCAUCUCAAUAUGUGUUGAAUGAUGUAGAGGUAUAUUACACAUAUGAGCUUGCAGCUAGCUCAGUCGAAACAAGGACGGUGUUGAAUUCAUCUGGCGUAGUCGAGCUCUUUGUAUGGAGAAAUGGAAAUCAUGAUUCGGAGCUUCGGAUGCCGGUUGCACUUGAUACCUGCGACAAAUAUGCAUAUUGUGGAAAAUUUACGAAGUGCAAUAUCACUAACUCUCCUGUAUGUUCAUGCCUGGAAGGAUAUUCUCCCCAAUUUCCAAUAGAUUGGAGUUCAGGAAAUUGGUCUCGCGGGUGUGUUAGAGAUGCACCCUGGGAUUGUGAAAAAGAUGUGUUUCUCAAGCAUACAGGGUUGAAAUGGCCAGAUACGUCCAAUUCCACGGUAAACAUGACAAUGAAUCUCAAGGAAUGUAAGCAAAUGUGUUUGACAAAAUGCUCCUGCACAGCAUAUACAGAUGCUGAUGUCAGAGAUGGAGGAACUGGCUGCCUGUUAUGGUUCGGUGACUUGAUUGAUAUACGAGAUCUCACACCUGGAGGACAAGACCUCUAUGUACGGCUAGCACCUUCAGAUAUGGCUCAUCUUGACAAGAGAAAGAGAUCGAGGGAGAUGAAGAAAGCCACAUUCAUGGUGAGCUCUGUCAUCCUUGGGAUGUUAAUCCUAAUACUAGGGUUGGUUUUCUGUAUAAGGAAGGAAAAACGCAGAAAAGAAGGACUGAAAAAAAGGCAUUUCAGAAAGGAUUACAUGAAUGAUGGAGAAGAGGAAUUGAUGUUGUUGCCGAUGUUUGAUUUUGAAACUAUAGCUAGUGCAACAAAUAACUUUUCAAGCAAUAACAAGCUGGGACAGGGUGGCUUUGGUCCUGUGUACAAGGGUACAUUGUUAGAAAAGGAGCAAGACAUAGCAGUGAAGAGACUAUCAAGGAGUUCAGGACAAGGACAUCAAGAGUUCAAGAAUGAAGUUAUCUUGAUUGCAAAGCUUCAGCAUCGAAAUCUUGUAAAGCUUCUUGGUUGCUGCAUUGAAGGGGAUGAAAAAAUGUUAAUCUACGAGUACUUGCCAAAUAAAAGUUUAGACUACUUUAUUUUCGGUUAGAUUUCUCUUAUCCCUAACCUCUAAUCAUCCUUUUUUAAGCUCUCCUGUAAGUAUUCAAUUGUUUAUUGUACUAACAUAGGAAAUAUGGGUCAGAUAAAGAAAGAAGCAAGCUAUUAGACUGGAACAAACGUGUGAACAUUAU